AGCAUGGGUAUUUCAUUGAAGUUAAGUUGCAGAAAGAGCUGAGAGGAAAUUAAUUCGGAUGAUGACACUGAUGCAAAGGAACGAAGUAGUUGGAGGUGAAGAUGGAGAGGGCAUGAGGGGAUGAGACACAGUCGAGCUUUGAAGCCCAGAAGGAGGUACAGUGUCAGUGUAAAUUGAGGGGGAGGAGGUAGAUAGAGAGUAAGGGGCCAAAAAGAAUAGGAAGAAUGAGAAAAGGGGAGUGAUGUGAGGGCUCAAACUAGAUGCUAUUCUGUGUGUAUGUGAAGGGGGGGCAGAGAAAAAAAGUGCAGCGCAAAUGAGUAGUACGAAGAGAGAGGGAGGGGGGCUGCACAGAGGCUCUGCGGGGAGAUCAACACAGCUGUGCAGAGAGACAGAGGGAGUUGCAUAGACAGUGGAACAACCAGCAGUAGGACACAAAGGACCAAAAUAUUAGAUGCUUUAUCGGUAGCUGGAAGACACACAGGGAUAUAUAAUCAGAAGUAAACAAGAAAGUGGACCAAUCUCAGCCACUGGCAACACUUGGGAUACAGGAAGGCAGAAGAGCAGAGGAAGAAACAAAGGACAUAGCUGAGAGAGAGCAGAAGAGUGACCAAGUGGAAAUAAAAAGCAGGAGAAAAGAGUGGCACAGCUGAGGCAGUCCUCGUCACAUCUCUCUGACCUCUGCCAGCUGAUCCAGGAUGUCUGCCAACCUGUUACUCAUCGUCCUUCUGACCUUUACGCAGGGGAGCUGUGCAUUCCAUAGCAACCACUGGGGUGAAUGGAACGACUCCCAGCUUCUGCCAACAAUACAAAAGCUCAUGAAAGGCUAUAACCGCUACCUCAGACCUAAUUUCAAUGAGGGCCCAGUGGAAAUUGGAAUGAGCCUUGAUAUCGCCAGCAUUGAUGCCAUCUCUGAAAUCAAUAUGGACUACACAGCGACAAUCUUCCUCCGUCAGCGCUGGCGUGAUUCCAGGCUGAUGUUCCCCGGUAAUGAGAGCGUGAGCGUGGACGGUCGCCUGGUGUCACUGCUCUGGAUCCCCGACACUUUCAUCCCAGACUCCAAGCGCUCCUUCCUGCACGAUGUCACCGUGGAAAACCGCCUCAUACGCAUCUUCAGCAACGGAACUGUUCUCUAUGCUCUUCGCAUCACAGCUACGAUUGCCUGCAACAUGGAUCUGACUAAGUACCCCAUGGACAGACAGGUGUGCACCCUGCAGCUGGAGAGCUGGGGGUAUAACCUACAGGAUGUGGUCUUCUACUGGACUAGAGGAAAUGAUUCAGUGAAGGGUUUGGACACACUGCGGCUGGCUCAGUACAGUGUGGAGAGCUACUACACAUCAGUGUCAGAGGCUGUGUACGAAACAGGAAAUUACCCCAAGCUGGUGCUGCAUUUUGCACUGCGCAGAAACGUGCUCUUCUUCAUCUUGGAGACAUAUGUUCCCUCCAUUCUGUUGGUGGUUCUGUCCUGGGUCUCUUUCUGGAUCAGCCAGUCCUCUGUGCCAGCUAGGACCUGCAUUGGAGUGACAACAGUGCUGACGAUGACAACUCUGAUGAUGGGUGCCCGCACUUCCCUGCCCAAUGCCAACUGUUUUAUAAAGGCCAUAGAUGUUUAUUUGGGCAUCUGUUUCACCUUCAUUUUUGGCGCGCUGUUGGAGUAUGCCUGCGCUCAUUUUUACACCAUGCAGCACCAGACCAUCGAGGAUUUAUACCGGGACCUUCUGAGGGAGCUCAGCGAGUCUAAUGGAAAUGGCUCAAUCCCCAUCGUCAGCUCCAGCCAACCAAAUCAGUCCGUGGAGAUCGGCUCCACCGCAGAGGACUCCACGGAGCAGUCAGCAAACAGCAACACCAAGAACCACGCGGGAACAAAAGAGAAGGCGCCAAAUCAGGGCUGCGGCUUGUCAUCAGUGAGAGAUGCAUCACGUAAGGCAGCAUCUGUCUUCAUCGUGGAAAAUCCGCACAACAUUGAUCGCUAUGCCCGCACAGUUUUCCCCACAGCAUUCCUCUUUGUCAAUGUCCUGUACUGGCUUUAUUAUCUCUUUCUGUAAGUGCUCAUUCCAAGCCGUGGAAAGCUUAAUUUCACCAACCUGAAGCUGCUCUACCUCCUCAUUUAAGAUCCAACACCAGUCGCCAUGGUCUGAAUACGAACUGACCUGACACAGCUUAUUCAUUGAAUGGCAAAAAAUCAAUGGUCAGGACUAUGCUCUGCAACGAAGGCCGUUAUUGAUUGUGUGCAAAGAGUUGGCUCCCAGCACAUCAGCAUGUAAGAGCGGUAAUGCAAAGCCUGUAUUGUCUACUGACCAAUCCAUAGAUCAAAUGAGGAAGAGUUUAGAAUGAAUAGGAUGCUGAACAGCACCACACAGUUGGUUGCUAUGCAUUGUUCGCAUGAGACCAUUUACUGUAUGAUUAUGUUUCGCCGUACAAUGUGAAAUUAAAAGACUACAUCAGUGA